UACCUUGCUCCUGAACUGGGUGUAGAUGUUUUGAAUUGGCAUUAUACAGAAAGUGGUCAUGGCAAAGGUGCACCAGAUGGGGUAGGAGGCUGCCUAAAGAGAAUUGCCGAUUCACUAGUGGGUAGAGGUAAAGAUUUGCAUAACUUUAAUACAUUCGCUGAUGAACUUACUGUUAAUUCCAAAAAAAUAAAUGUGAUUAAAAUUGCUUCAAAAUGUAUUGAAAAUAUCGAUAAGCUAUUGCCUAGAAAUAUAGCAGCUUUUAAAGGUACCAUGCGCAUACACCAAAUAACUUGGACGAAAGAAGAUCCAUUUAUUCUGCAAGCUAGGCAUCUAAGCUGUUUAUUGUGCAGCCCUGGAGAAUGGUGUACACAUUAUGGCAUCGGAGUAAUAAAUUUGCCCGUUAAUUACAGCAGAAACAUCGAACGCCACAUAAAAAUCAAACAAGUGUACUCUGACUGUGAUUCUUUUAGUGAUACAAGUGAUGAGAACUUUUUUGGCUCUGUUGCAGAAAUUUCAAUUAGUAAAAUAACAACACAAAUAAGUCCAAAUAGCUACAUUGUUGUAAAGUUUGCCAUAAAAAAGUCAUUUAAAUAUUUUAUUGCACUGGUUCUGUCCUGUGACAGUACAGAUGAGUACACUGUAAAAUUUAUGAAAAAGUGUACAGCUAAUAAGUUUGUAUUUCCUGCAGCAGAUGACAUUGCUGAAGUAAAUGCAGAUGAUAUUGUAGAUGCGUUGAGUCAGCCGAUAAUGAAUAAGCGUGAACAAUACAUUUUCAAAGAUAAUUUAGAUACAUUCGUCAAUUUGUGUUAA